AAAAAAUGUCGGAUUCGCUGUGUGCGCACGUUUCCAAACAAUCUGCUUCGCUCUUACAAAACAACAGAUCGAUCCACGUAGUUUAAAGAGCUGCGGUCUGCGGGCACCAGCAGAGGAGCUGGAUGUAAAGGAUGACAGUUUGAUUUUAUAGCUAACGUCGCUUUACUUCACUAUGGCGCAGCCGGCGGAGAAAGCGUAUUAUCGCUUUUUGGUGCUGUUCUUCAACUGUCUGCUGACAUUUGGCUCCUACUUCUGCUUUGACAUCCCCAGUGUUCUGCAGGAUCAGUUCCAAGGGAAUCUCACAUGUCCCAACGCCACAGUGAUCAAUGGGACAGUGGACUGUGUGGUGGGACUGGGGAUGACGCCUCAGCAGUACAAUCUUCUUUAUGCCAUCUAUGCUUGGACGAAUGCAGUAGUGGUGAUCCUUGCUGGGUUCCUGAUUGACAAACUUGGAAAUCGCUUCGGGGUGUUUCUGUUCUCUUUCCUCUGUGUUUUGGGCUCGUCCCUGUUUGCACUGGGUUCCCACUUCAAAGGAACUCCCUAUCUGCUGCCACUAAUGCUCACAGGCAGAUUGCUGUUUGGAUCAGGCAAUGGAUCUCUGACCAUUGUUCAGAACCGCAUCACAGCCUUCUGGUUCAAAGGGAAGGAGCUGGCCUUGGCCUUCGGUCUGACCCUGGCUUUCUCACGCCUGGGUUCAGUCCUGAACUUCUUCCUCACCCAGAAGUUUGAAGAAAAAUAUGGCAUGCAGUGGACACUCUGGGGUGGUGCACUAUUAUGUGUGCUGGGCUUUACAUCUGCCAUCAUAGUCAGUGCCCUGGACAAGAUUGGAAUGAGGCAGCUGGGUCUUGAGGGAGCCAUCCAAGAAGAAUCUCGUAAAGUGAGAAUUCAGGAUAUGAAGCUGCUGUCUCUAAGAUACUGGCUGCUGGUUCUCACCAUCAUGUUCUUCUACAACGGCAUCUUCCCGUUCAUUGCAGAUGCCAGUAAGUUCAUUCAGGAUAAGUACAAUGACUACAGUCAGAAGGAAGCGGCCUAUAUUGCCGGAGCAGUUUAUGACAGCUCACUGGUCCUCUCAGCCAUCGUGGGCAUUCUCAUAGAUUAUGUGGGUCUUCGGGGCAUUUUUGCUGUGGCCUGUGCUGUCCUCACGCUGCCUGUGUUCGGACUCCUGGCCUUCACCUUCGUCCCUCCUCUGGUGUCCACCAUAUGGCUGGGUGUCACCUACUCCUUCGCUGCUGCUAGCAUGUGGCCAUCUAUUCCCCUUGUGGUACCUCAGGCACAGCUGGGAACAGCCAUGGGCCUGGCCACCUCCAUACAGAUGAUUGGUAUUGGGGUGUCUAAUCUGGUUGUCGGACAGAUUUUAGGCACGAAGUCUAGUGAAACAAAGAUUCCGUUGUGGCGUUGGCAGAGGAUGAUGAUCUUCAUGCUGGCCAACACCAUCUGCUGCAUCGUCACCUCAGUGCUGCUCAAUAUUGUUGACCAUAAACAGGGCGGGACCCUGAACAAGACGACUAAGAGGUCAGGGCAGGCAGAGAGAGACUCGGACAGAGAGCCACUCAACCAGGGAGAGGAGGAGCAAGAUGGCGAGGAGGAUGAUGGUGGGGCUGUCCGAUCUCGUUCAAUCAACUCAUGAGUUUUUCAUGAUAACACUUUUCCCAAGUGUGAACAUUUCUGUCUCUCUUUCUAAGAUAUUUUUGUACCAGUGUUGUACGCCUCACUGAAACCUCAUUGCUUCUCCAUACUGUGGACUCACAGGGGAUGAUUGACAGAAUUAAUGGAUCCCUGUGAAACAGUACUGACAGCCAAAUAGUAUAUAUGUUAUAUUAAAUAUGCAGUAUUUUUGCAGGUAUGUUCAGAAAAAGGAUUUCACCAGGAAAAUUCAAACUAUACCUUUAAUUUGUUUUGAAUUUUUUUUUUUUAACUGAAAUACAUUUUCAUUGAUCUUAUCAUCACUCAGCUACAGACUGCACUGCCACAGCUGACUGUCUGGGCCUUACAGAGGUAACUAAAUAACCUGGAUGUUGUGUAAAACUUUAAGUCACAAAUGUAAUGUUUUUUAUGACAUUCUUUCUAAUGAAACAGUGAAAUAUUUGUAGCUCCUUUUCUGUAUGUGUGUCUUUAGAGAUUUCAACAUGUAAGUGAAGAAGGGAAUUCUAUCUGUUUUACAUAAAACAACAAACAUAAAAUGCAGUUUGGUGUUUUUGACAGUGGGAUCUCUGCCAUCUAUCUAAAAGAUAAACCUGAUAAUUAAAAGCUUGCUUAGUAUCAUCCUGCUGGUGGUGAAUUGCAGGUGUUUGUAUCAUGUUUCUUGAAGAAGCAGAAAUUACAAACAAAAAACAAAGAACAGUACUGAAAUGGCAUUUUUUUUUACAAUAGACACUCUUUGUAUUUAAUGUAUUUGAAACCAAUGCUUGAACUGUAAAUGUAGAACAUAAUUUUAGAACGCAAUUUACUGCAAAUUUGAGCAGUUUAAUUUACCUUUACAUUUUCAGUAAAACACGUUAAAGUCAGUAGGUGGCGCUCAUUACACAGUUGUUUGUGACUGUUCAUGGAAGCAGUUGAGGUGUUGAUGUAGUCUGCGUGGGACUCCAUCAUCGUGUGUUAAUCUCAAGAUGGCUUUUACUUGGGCUUUCUUUGAAGUUGUUUUUUUUAGAUACUCAGCCCCUUCUUUUAGCUCUAUGAUGUCUCAGUAAAUAGAUGUCUGCAGAUCUUAAACCUUUCUGUAAGUCACUGUGGGUAUUUGUGGUAGGUAGUCAUGGUAACAGUUCUUCAUAUCACGUCCAUCAGACUGUCAACAACUGCAAGAAUGUGGCCUUAAAUAUUAAAAUGGCAGCAUAACAUGCUUUAGGUACGCACAUUUAUACCUCUAAGCCUAUCCCUCAGGAAUAUAGUUAAAUUUGAUCACAUUGGUAACUUGGACCAGCCUAUACAUGUAUGUUUUCCUUGCUUUUGCACAGUUUUUGCAAAUGUAUAUUGCUGUUUUGGUCAUUUUGUUGGUACCAUUUCUUUCUACCCUCUUUCAUUUGUGACAUUAUAAGCUAUCGGCCACUGUUAGGUCUUAUGCCAGAGCACAUACAGUAGUCAUCCUCUAGAUUUACUAAUUUUGAUUUCUAGACAAGCACACAAAUUAAUGUCAGCAAGUCUACUAUAACUUUUAUUUCUCUCUUUCUGUGGGUAAAAAACAUGUAUUUUUUAUUUGUGUAAGAAGGGUCAAAGGACAGGUUUGUGAUCUAUUCUGAAUUUUAGAAAAUGUUAUCUGGUUAAGGUUGGGGCAUGUGCUUUGAAGCACCUUCAUCCCCGUUUCACAUCAAACCAAAUUUUUUAUUUUUUUUAAAUUUUUUUAAGCAGUGAAAUUCGCUAAAUAAAAUUAGAGAGCGACAGACUUUUCUGAUCUUGAACAAUGCUGCAGUCCUCAAAUACUUUAGCACAAUGAGUAAUCUGAAGAUCCAGGUUCAGGGUGUCAACCUCCUGUCCCUAACUCUGUGCCAGGUUAAAUGUGGAGUUCCUUGUUAUAAAGCUAAGCAUUCACAGUACUGCAGUCAGCGCUGAAUAACACAGUAGAUUACUGAGGGGAAAAAAAAACCACUCAUUCGUUGUGUACAAUGUUUGCAUUCGGAGGGUCUUUGAAGAUGAGUUAUUUUGUGUCCAUCUGGUGUUUGUAUUCAGUCAUAAUCCAACCAAAGCU